CCAAGUCAUAUACUGCCUCAAAACACAUUGCCGUUGCCCAGAUUACUCUUUCUUCCUCGACCUCCUUUUCUGGAUUUUCGUGACGACGUGUACUAGGGCUUGAUCGCGUUGCGUUGACAUUUGACCGCCUAUCUCUCCCGGAUUUUCACCACAUCUCUGUCAACGCAUCCUUCCCUCCAAGGGGGCAUCACUGUAGACAUGCUUAGCGCCGGUGCUUCUUCUAGCACCGGCGACACACAUGCGGACGCUUGGAACACAGUCGACUGGGCUCUUGCGCGUCUCGAAGUACGCGACGGACAGGACAGCUCCUCCAAGCCACAGCCCGAGCUCCCCGCGCCAGUCUACCGCGUCCCCACUGAGCUUUGGGAGGAUAUCUUCUCCUACGCCUGCGCAGACAAGACCCUCGCAUACCCACUGCGUGCGGAUAUGGUCACCGCGCGCUCGCUGGGCCGAGUGUGCCAGCGGUGGCGGGAGAUCGCGCUCUAUGAUACCCGGCUUUGGGUAGCGUUCAUCAGCAUCGACAUGGAGAGACUGAUGACGCCUGAAAACGACGUGCGCGACUUCUGCAUAGUCAUGUCCCUCUAUCUCGCGCGCUCUGGCGACAAUUGUCUGUCCGUCGAGAUGUAUUGGGGCGGUAUCAAUAGGUACUGGAGUUCCUUUCCGGAUGUUCUGGAAGACGAGUGCUACGGCGAUCUUCGUCGCCUCCUUCGCGCACUAUCACAGAGCUUUUGGCGGUGGGAAGACUGCACCAUUUCCGGCAACAUCCUGGAGUACAUCAGUGACGGCCAGUACCCCGAGCGCCUCGUAAGGGGCUGUGUGCUCGACGCGACAGCCGAAAGAAAGGGACCGGAUGUCCUUCCGGUAUGCGCCUUGCCUUCAAUCUUGGACGCAGGAAGAUCAAGGCAUCUUGCCGAGCCUGCCCUUCGAGCAACUCACUCAUAUGAAGCUGGGAGCUAUUGCCUAUAGCUGCAUGGCGGAGAUACUCGCGCACUGCGACGCGCUGGAGGACCUUGAGGUCGAGGUGGAUGAAGGUGAUCGUUGGGCUCGUCAAUUUCCAGCCAACGCCUGGCUGCCAAAUCUUUGGAACUGUGUCUUCAAAGCCGCCUCUCUUUCCGUCCUCAAGAGCUUUUUGCACUGCCUUCACGC